UGUUUGACAUUUGGUUCGAUUAACAGCGACGAUGUGGAUCACUGUGGCGAUUAUCUGUGCGGCUUUGGUCAUUUUCAUAUUGAAAUAUGUGUUCACUACUCCCGGACCAAACCCCUUUGACCUGGACUCCCGUGAACCGCUUAAAAAAAUGGUUCAUGACCGGAAAGUGAAGAAUAAAGUGCUGAAACAAGGUUUUUUGGAAAGUAAAGUACCCCAGGACCUGGAUGCCGUUAUCAUCGGCAGUGGGAUUGGUGGACUUGGACUUGCGGUGCUGCUGGCCAAAGUCGGGAAGAAAGUCCUGGUUCUGGAGCAGCACGAUCGGGCCGGAGGAUGCUGCCACACGUUCACAGAGAAGGGCUUUGAGUUUGACGUUGGAAUCCACUACAUUGGUGACCUACUGGAGCACAAGCCAUUCCGCUGCAUGCUGGACCAGAUGACCAAUGGACAGCUGCAGUGGGAGCCUCUGGAAAAUCCAUUUGACCAAGUGGUGCUGGGACCGCCAGACAACCGCCGUCAGUACCCCAUCUACAGCGGCAGGAACCGCUUCCCCGAUGAGCUGAAGAAGUGCUUCCCCGGAGAGGAGAAGGCCAUCGAUGAGUACAUGAAGCUGGUCAAGAAAGUGGGACGCGGCAUUUGGCUCCUGGCUAUGCUGAAGCUCUGCCCCGUUCCCGUGGCGAAGUUCCUGGUCUACACUGGCUUAGCCAAACGUCUGUCCUUCUUCUUCAAAAUGGCCCCGCGCAGCCUGACAGAAGUGGUCAAUGAAUUGACAGAGAACAAGGACCUCAGGGCUGUAUUCACCUACAUCUUUGGCACCUACGGUAACAUGCCCAAAGAUGCCAGUUUUGCCAUGCACAGUCUGCUGGUCACUCACUACCUGAAUGGAGCCUGGUAUCCUAAAGGCGGAGCCACUGAAAUCGCCUACCACAUGAUCCCAAUCAUUGAGAAGGCUGGGGGUGCUGUUCUAGUUCGUGCCCCUGUCAACCGGAUCUUGUUCAAUGACGCCAAGGAAGCUUACGGUGUGAGUGUUAUGAAAGGUCAAGAGGAAAUACAUAUCCAUGCCCCUAUGGUCAUCUCUAACGCUGGCAUCUUCAACACCUACGAGAAGCUGCUGCCCAAAGAACUCCAGGCCAUGCCAGCUAUCCAGAAGCAGCUGGGCAUGAUGAAGAACGGUGAAGGUGGCCUGAGUAUUUUCCUGGGCCUGGAUGGAACCAAGGAGGACCUGGGCCUGAAAGCCGACAACUACUGGAUCUUUACCGAGAACAAUUUUGACGAACUGGUGGUAAAGUAUUUAAAUGGAAGUCCGGAAGAGUCUGCUAAGAGUGUGCCUCUCCUGUUUGUUGCGUCUCCAUCAGCGAAGGAUUCAACCUGGGAGGAAAGAUCACCAGGCAAGUCUACUUUGAGUCUGGUCAGUUUUGCAAACUACAAGUGGUUUGAGGAGUGGAAGGACGGCAAAGUGACGAACAGAAGUUCUGAAUACAAGGAGCUGAAACAGGCUUUCAUCGACUCCAUUCUGGAUGUGAUCACGGAUGUUUUCCCCAAGAUCACCAGAGACAAGAUUGAGUACGUCGACGCUGGAACCCCCAUCACAAACACACACUACAUUGGAGCUCCUAAAGGUGAGAUCUACGGAGCUGAUCACGGCGUCGCCCGCUUCAGCCCUGAGCUCAACGCCACAGUGAGACCUCAGACUCCGCUGAAGAACCUCUACCUGACAGGUCAGGAUGUGUUUGUGUGCGGCUUCGCUGGCGCCCUGGCUGGAGCUCUCACCUGCGGCUCGGUCAUUCUCAAGCGCAACCUACACCUGGAUGCCAUCGGCUUGGCAAAGAAAAUGAAAUUUAUUGACAACAAACUGAAAGGGGAGUAAAUGUAUGCAAACAAUAAUAUGCAAUACUAUUUAAAACUGUGUGAGGAGGCUUUGAGCAACUCAGCAGAAAGAGUGCCGAGGGUGAAUUAAUGCAUCAUCUCAUCUAAAAAACAGAUUAAAAGCUUUAAUUAAGUGGAAAGAUUGAUUUUCCACACCAGCUACCACCAACACUAUGUCUGUAUUUUGCUUACAAACACUAAUUUGUGUUUUUCUACUUGAGGUUUGGUCAAAUAUGAGUAAUGUAAGACGUGUGAUGCCACGUCUGAUUAAUGAAGCUGCUGAGCUUUCAGCAGUUAAACUGUACUUAUCUAAGCUAACAUUACCUCAACUGUUGAUCCAGGGACUUUUGUAAUUCCUUCACUAUGCUAAAAGACGCGUGCAACAUGUGUGCCGUUUUCUCCCAAACAUUUAACACUGUGCCUAAAUUAUGCAAUACGUUUAGUUUACAGAAAAUGUAGUAACACAUUUAAAGGUUGCUCCCUUUUUUAUUAAAACAUAUGAAC